AUGGCGGUGGACCCCCCUGUUCAAGUUCAAGCAAAUAGCGUUAAAUUCGCUAUUGACCGUGGCGGUACAUUCACAGAUGUUUGGGCUUCAGUGCCCGGCCGACCUGAUAUUGUCCUAAAGUUGCUUUCUGUUGAUCCGGGUAAUUACGAUGAUGCUCCUGCCGAAGGCAUCCGCCGUGUGUUGGAGAUGGUCUCGGGCCAGUCCAUACCUCGGGGAUCGCCCAUCCCCAAAGGACUAAUUCACUCUAUCAGGAUGGGUACCACUGUAGCAACUAAUGCCCUAUUGGAGAGAAAAGGAACACGCCAUGCCUUUGUUGUUACCCAAGGCUUUCGGGAUCUUCUUGACAUCGGUUACCAAUCAAGACCAAGGUUGUUUGACUUGGGUAUCAAGAAGCCCGAACUACUAUAUGAUGAGGUUGUUGAGGUGUCCGAGAGACUGACAGUUGAGCAAUUCGACGAAGAUGUAUUCAAGGAUAGCCGGCCGCCACUAAAAGAGGUUCCUGGCCUCUUCGUAAAGGGUAUCACCGGUGAUAUUUUGCGUGUUGUGCGACCGCUAGACGAGACCGAGGUACGGGAGAAGCUUGCUUAUAUCAAAGAGAAAGGCAUAGAAACAAUUGCGGUGUGCCUUGCCCACUCAUAUCUAUAUCCAAAACAUGAGGAGCGAAUUGCCGAAAUAGCUGUCGAGCUCGGUUUCAGUCACGUCUCGAUCUCGUCUAGCGUCGGUGCAAGUAUGAUCAAGAUGAUUUCUCGAGGAAGCUCUGCGUCAGCGGAUGCUUAUCUUACUCCUGAGAUUGUUCGAUAUAUCAACGGAUUUGCCAAAGGAUUCGCUGAUGGAAACCUUGAUGGUAUUUCUUGCGAGUUCAUGCAGAGUGAUGGCGGUCUUGUCAGCCAUAAAACAUUUAGUGGAUUGCGCGGUAUUCUAAGUGGCCCAGCUGGCGGUGUUGUUGGCCAUGCGAAGACUUCUUAUGAUGGCAAAUCACCUAUUGUCGGCUUCGACAUGGGUGGCACAUCAACUGACGUCAGUCGCUACGGAGGAUCACUCGAGCACGUAUUCGAGACAACCACAGCCGGUGUUUCCAUUCAGAACCCCCAACUUGAUAUUAAUACCGUCGCGGCCGGAGGAGGUAGCAUGCUAUUCUGGCGUGAUGGGUUAUUCAAGGUCGGCCCGGAGAGCGCCGGAGCUCAUCCCGGACCUGCUUCAUACCGGAAAGGCGGUCCUUUGACAGUAACAGAUGCCAAUCUUUUCCUUGGCCGUCUUGUGCCAGACUAUUUCCCCGCCAUUUUUGGGCCUGAAGAAAACUUGCCUCUUGACUUUGAAAUUGUUGCCAAGAAGUUUGAAGAGUUGACAGCUCAGAUCAACGCCGAUUCUGGCAGGUCAAUGUCACCAUUGGAAGUUGCCCACGGAUUCAUCGAUGUUGCAAACGAAUCUAUGAGCCGUCCAAUCCGAGCUUUGACUGAGGCUCGUGGCUUCGAGACGGCAGACCAUAACCUUGCCACUUUCGGUGGCGCUGGUGGACAGCACGCUUGCGAAAUUGCAGACAAGCUCGGAAUUCAGCGAGUUGUUAUCCACAAGUACUCCAGUAUUCUAUCUGCGUAUGGCAUGGCCUUAGCUGAAGUUGUUCAAGAGGCUCAGGAGCCGAGCUCUGAAACCCUAACAGAAGAGUCACUGCCUAGACUCACUGAGAAGUUCGACAUAUUGAAGAAGAAAGUAACAGACGGCCUUCUUAUCCAAGGCAUCAAAGAGUCAUCCAUCCAGCACGAACCAUACCUAAAUCUUAGGUAUCAUGGCACGGAUACAAACUUCAUGAUUCUACAACCUGAGGAUGGUGACUGGCUGAUGGAUGAUGUGCGAAUUAGAGGUGUCGGAAAGAGCGCAGAGACUAGUCGUGACAAUGACCAACUCGUUGAAGAGCUGAAAACUCUCGAGUUCAAGCUUACCUUCAAAGGCGAGGAUAAAGUAACUCAGGCAUACUUCUCCAGUGGUGGCCUCCAGCCUACAAAGAUCUACCGCCUAAACACAUUGAGUCCGGGCAUGGCCAUCUCUGGCCCAGCCAUCAUUAUCGACAGCACUCAAACUAUCGUCAUUGUCCCUGAGGCCCAGGCAAAGAUACUGACCUCGCAUGUGGUCAUUGACCUGGUCAACAAGAAGAAUAAGAAGGAGGAGGGCGAGCUUGUCGUAGACCCUAUCAAGUUAAGUAUUUUCGGACACAGAUUCAUGAGCAUCGCGGAGCAAAUGGGACGCACGCUGCAAAAGACGAGUAUCUCCUUGAACAUCAAGGAGCGCUUGGACUUCUCAUGUGCUAUAUUCAGUCCCGAUGGCGAUCUUGUUGCCAAUGCACCGCAUGUUCCAGUCCAUCUUGGAAACAUUACUGUGAUAACUCCGGUAUUUGACGACGACGGCAAAACAAUUUGCUUCUACACUGCAUCUAGAGGCCACCACCUUGACAUUGGCGGCUACAGGGGUAACUCUAUGCCACCUGAUUCUACGGAACUCUGGCAAGAAGGUGCUGCUAUCAAGUCAUUUUUCCUUGUCCGAGAUAAUAAUUUCGACGAAGACGGCAUUGUCGAGCUUCUUCUAGCUCCCGGCAAGUAUCCCGGUUGCAGUGGAUCUCGACGUCUUGGUGACAACCUUUCGGAUCUUAAGGCUCAAGUUGCAGCCAACACUAAAGGCAGCACUCUCAUCAAAUCAUUGAUGGAGGAGUAUGGAAAGAGCGUGGUUCAUUUCUAUAUGUCCCAGAUCCAAUCUAAUGCAGAGGUUGCUGUGAGGAACUACCUCAAGUCUGCUUACAAGAAAUUCGGAUCUAAGCCACUUAAGGCUACCGACUAUCUGGAUAACGGCUCGAGGAUGCAGGUAUCUAUUACCAUCGAUGAAAAUGGCUUUGGAACUUUCGACUUUACUGGCACAUCAUGUGAGAUGUUAUCGAACAUGAACGCACCACCUGCCAUCACAUAUUCUGCACUUAUCUAUGUCAUGCGGCUACUAAUCGGCUCCGACAUCCCUCUCAACCAAGGAUGUUUAGCACCAACUAAAGUGAUCCUGCCCAAAAACACAUUUCUCAAUCCAUCUUCUGGCCCAGCUGUGUGCUGUGGUAAUACUCUCACCUCUCAGCGUCUAGUUGAUCUCCUGCUCAAGGCCUUCCAGGCAGCGUCGGGUUCUCAAGGUUGCAUGAACUGCUUCGGCUUCUUCGGCAAUUGCAUUGAUCCGAACGCAUUAACAACCGAUAGCAGCGAUGACAGUGCUGGUUUUGGCUUUGGUUAUGGCGAAACUAUUUGCGGCGGUGAAGGAGCCGGUCCAACCUGGCAUGGUGCGUCUGGCGUGCAAAUUCAUAUGACAAAUACGCGUACUACAGACAUGGAAAUCAUCGAAAAACGGUAUCCCGUGCUCCUUCGCGAGUUCUCAAUCCGGAAAGGUAGUGGCGGCAGAGGCAAGUUCAACGGCGGCUGCGGAAUUAUCCGAGACUUCGAAUGCCGGGCACCGCUUACCUAUGGAAUCAUCACGGAGCGCCGGGUUCAUCAGCCAUACGGAAUGUUUGGCGGUGAGAACGGCGAAUCCGGCGCAAACCUGUGGGUACAGAAACUAGAUGACGGCAGCGAGCGAUGGAUCAAUAUUGGGUCAAGGGGGCAGGUAAACAUGAAGGCAGGAGAUCGGUGUGUAAUUCAUACGCCUGGUGGCGGCGGCUGGGGUGUCCCAGACGAUGACGGAUCUGAUGACGGCGAGUCAAAUCGUGUAAAUGGAGUUGACGGACCGUGGCAGGGCAAGGUUGAGUAUCCUCGAGCCACCGGCAGUUUCCAUGCUUUUGCUGCUGCACAGCAAGCAUCGUCAUAG